GGAAAACAAAAUAAAUCUUUUGCCAACAUAUAUAUAUAUAUAUAUAUAUAAAAGAUGAUGAUGGCCAAAACAUUUCAAUUUGUCUGUAUACUUAUUUGUUUCUUGGCCAUUAUUAUCAACAUAGAGGCUUGUGUAAAAGAAAAUGCAACAUCAUACAUAGAUCAGGGAUAUUAUGUCGAAAAAACAGUCGUUCACAAUGCUAUAUCAAAAGGAGCAGUGUGCUUGGACGGAUCACCUCCAGCAUACCAUUUUGAACCAGGAUUUGGAGAUGGAGUGGGAAAAUGGCUUGUUCAUCUUUCGGGAGGAGCAUGGUGCACAACCGUGGAAGAGUGUCUGAAUCGUUCCAAAUCUGACUUUGGUUCCUCAAACUAUAUGAAACCAUGGUGGUUUCAAGGAAUUUACAGCAAAACUCAGAGUGUAAAUCCAGAUUUCUACAAUUGGAACAAAGUAUUUGUUAGAUAUUGUGAUGGCGGAGCGUUCACAGGAAAUGCCGAAUAUGUUGAUCCUGCUACCAAUCUUCACUUUAGAGGUGCAAGGAUUUUUAAAGCAGUAAUGGAGGAUGUUCUAGCAAAAGGAUUGAGGAACGCGCAGAGCGCACUUCUUAUCGGAAGUUCUGCCGCAGGAUACCCAGCAAUGCUAUACUGUGAUCGCUUCCGUAAAUUGUUGCCAAAUACUCCUAGAGUGAAAUGCAUGGUUGAUGCUGGUUAUUUUAUCCAUGUGAAGGAUCCUCACCAAGCAAGAAAUUUUACCGAAAUGUAUAAAGCAAUUGUUAAUUUACAUGGAUCUGCCAAAACGUUACCAAAAUCAUGCACUUCAAAAAUGAAACCAGAAAUGUGCUUCUUCCCGGAGAAUAUGCAACACAAAAUCAAGACACCACUUUACAUUGCAAUGUCGCCAUUUGAUAAAUUCCAGAUAAACACUACUAUAUACAAUGGGAUAAAUACAUGCAUUGAAGGCGGAAAUUGCACUGCAACUGAGAACAAACUCUUUAGAGAGUUUAGGUCGGAAUUCUUAAAUGCUUUGCCCAAAGCAAAUAAUCCUAAAUUAAGAGGAGCUUUCAUUGACGCACGCAAUCAUCAUACCCAAGUCCAAGGAUGGUGGUCUCCUAAAAAUGUCACCACCGUUAAAAAUUUGAAUCUAAUGAAGGCAUUUGCUGAUUGGUACUAUGAUCGGAACUACACCUAUGUGAUAGAUGAGCGUGACUUGCCAAUCUCUGCUAUGAAUGAUAUUAAACCUUGCGACACCAAGAAGUGACGAUGUGCAGUGUUCAAUUAAAAUCUAUUUAUGUCAAUGCAUGUACUUUAGAGACAACAGCUUGCUGAUGUAUGUGUUGAUGUUGCUAAUAUAAAUCAAUAAAGUUCAAUUGUGGUUUAUAAAUUCGGUAAAGUUCACUU